UUAUAUUUUUCAUUCCCCUCUUCUCUCUCUCGUCCCCUGCUCCUCCAGACUCCCUCCAUGUCCCUGCCUCCAAUUUCUCCAUUCUUCUCCAUUCUUCUCCAUUAUUCUCUCUCCGCGAUCUUCUCACUCCAGGCCGCGAUGGCAUGGGAAGCGGGGAAGCCACUGUCAAUUGAGGAAGUGGAGGUGGCACCACCGCAGAAACAUGAAGUUCGCUUGAAGAUCCUCUUCACCUCUCUUUGCCACACCGAUGUCUACGUCUGGGAAGCCAAAGGACAACAACCGCUGUUUCCUCGCAUUUUCGGUCAUGAAGCUGGAGGCGAGGGCGUAACUGAACUCCAGCUGGGUGACCACGUCCUCCCUGUGUUCACUGGGGAGUGCAAGGAGUGCGUGCACUGUAAGUCGAAGGAAAGCAACAUGUGUGAUCUGUUGAGGAUCAAUACUGAUAGGGGUACCAUGAUCAAUGAUGGCCAGUCCAGGUUCUCCAAGGAUGGAAAACCAAUUUAUCACUUUUUAGGUUUUGGCGCCACUGUGAAUGUUGCAAAACCAAAAAAGGGUUCAUCUAUUGCCAUCUUUGGAUUGGGAGCUGUUGGUCUUGCUGCUGCUGAAGGUGCAAGGGUUUCGGGCUGUUCAAGGAUAUAGGAGGGAGGAUGGAUGGGAGGGUGAUUGUUCUUGUUUGCAGGGAGUCUUAGUGAAUUGCGUCACAAUUUAUACAUUAGGUUUAUCAAACUGAACUAUUUAUCAAACUAAACCACAUUUUUUUACCAAAGCAAAGUGAACUAUUUAUCAAA